CAGACGCAUAAAACAGCUGUUUACAGCGCGCUGGACUCUGUAGUGGGGUCCGAGAGCACCUUUUUUCUAACCCUCUUUAACCACAAAGCCAGCCACACACGAUGACGCCGACGCCGACGACCAUCAUGGAGCCCCUUGAAGCGCGCUGUCCAAGUACAAUACGUACAAUACCAACAACAACACGGACAACAAGUACAAUACAACAACAAUGAUGAGCCAGCAAGCACCGCGCGGCGGCUACGACCGCCCGCAAGAGGAAUCGCCCCGGACGCGCCGGGGCCGCCGCGGCGGCAAGCGCCGCCGCCGCGACCGGUCGAGCUCGCCACCGCGGGUCCCGGCCAUAGAGCCGGCGCGGGGCUACCAACCACAGCUGCCGCCGCGGGGCUACGCGAUGGCGCCGCGCGGCUGGGAGCCGCGCCGGUUUGCGCAGCCCGAGUCGCUCGCGCAGCUGCCUCCGCCGGCCCGCGCGCGCGUCACGCCCGGCGCGAGCCUGCGGCCCACGGCGCGCGUCGUGCCGGGCUCCGCCAAGCGCCGCGUCGUGCCCGGCAGCUCGCUCGGCCGCGCGCCGCCGCCCGCGCCCCCCGCCAAGAAGGCGAAAUUGCGUCAAAACGGCCGGGCCCUCUACGCGAGCCGCGCGGACCCCAACGGCCCGACGCGCGUCGAGGAGGACCCCGACGUCCGGGCGGGGCAGGCGCGCGCGCGGCGCGAGCGCGGCGCGAUGGACCGCGCGCUCGCGGCCGCGCGCGCCGCGGCGCACGCAGCAUCAAAGGCGGUCGACGCUGCCGAGGGGUCCGCCGUCGAGGCGACGUCGAACGCGUCGGAGGCCGUCGCAGCGGAUCGGGAGGCGGCCGCCGACCGGGCUUUUGAUGCGGCACUUGGCGCGAGCUCCCACGCGGCGGGGUCGUGCCGCCUCGCCGCGACGACCAUCGCGGCCAUCGCGACGGCCGUCGACGCGCUGGCGGAGGCCGAGCAGGCCGAAGAAGGAGCGGCCAAGAAAAGGAAGCCGCGCGCCCGCAAGGCGGCGGCGACGCAGGGCCGGGGCCGCGGCCGCGGCCGCGGCCGGGGCCGGGGGCCGCGCGUCCGCGCGGCGCCGCGGGCGCCGCCACGGAAGCGCGACCCGCUCGAGUGCCGAGGCGGCGUCUUCGCGAGGGCCUUCAAACUUCCGUACCACCGAGAGGGCGUCGCGGAGCUUCGACGCCGCGGUUCCAAUCGCAGGUUCGACGACGAGCACGAGCGGCGCGCGGCGGCGGCCGAGCAGGACCGGCUCCUCGCCGAGUCCCGGCGGCGCUUCCUCGCGGGCCGCCAGGGCGGCCCGGCAGUGCCACCACCUGCACCGCCGCCGCCGCCCCUGCCGCCGCGCUGGAGCGCGGCCGACCCCUACGUCGUCCUCGGCGUGCCGGCUGGCGCGCCGCGGCCGCAGCUGCGCAAGGCCUACCUGGCCCUGGCGCUGCAGUACCACCCCGACAAGAACACGAACGCGUCGGCGAGCGGCGCCUUCGCGGCGAUCUCGCGCGCGUGGAAGGCCGUGUCGAGCGCCUAG